AAAACACUUGAGUACUGCAUAAAAAGUACAGGAGGUAAACUAGAUAAUCAAGAUAGAGAUUUGUUUGGCUUAUCAAACUAAAAAAAUUGGCCCUUUUUGUAAAUUUAGAGGGCUGCAUCGAAUUAUUUCCGAAGCGGAAAUUAAUACUAACAGUGAUCAUGUCGACUUUUGAAUGUUCGAGUCCAUAUAACACCGAGUACAUCUGCAAUGACAAGUUUAGUAAAUGCUGUCCACCAUCCUGUUACAACUGUUGUUCACGGUACUACUCAAACAUCGUCAUGGGUGCUGCUCUCAUUAUGUCGGGUUUUGGUAUUGUGGACUUUAUUGUAGGGGGAAAGCUGGCUAUUGAGUGUCCAGAGAACGACGCUCUGUUCUCCUGUCUGAUGUUGGCACAGGGCGUCAUAUCCAUGAUUGAAGGCGUCAUGAUUUUCUGCAUCAUUGGGCGUGCGCACGGUUACAGUCUUUUCCGGUCUGGACUUCCGACCUUCCAAUAUGCUUUUGUGACGUAUGCCUUAACGGCAUUUUUCUACAUCAUUGCCUUGGCGUUAAGUGGUUUGCAAGUAAAAGCAACCAUGUCACAUGUACAAAGGAGAGAAAACUCUACCUGCACGGAAUACUUUUUCUACAUAUACUGUCGCCUUUACAUCAACAUAUUCGUCUCAUUGUCUCCAGUAAUACUAGUACUAACCAUCUUUGCGCUGUUAUGUUGCUGUGGGAUUGUAAAAGGGUGUUUAACUCAUGAUUCAGAUUAAUUAUUAAUCAAGUUUUGAUUUUAAAUUGACUUUUCCGAUGAAUACGAGGGAAGAAUGGUACAAUAAGGUGUACAUUGGCUUGAAUAAAAUAGGAUUUUGCUUGAAAAAGAAAAGUACAAUCAUAUAUUGGUAUUAAACUGUUAUUGUUUGAAUGGAAAACCAAACUAUCAAUCUUUUCAAAUUAAAAAAUCUUCAUCUUACAUGAUUGUACAGUAAUGUUUAGCUCACCUGAGAUAAAAGCUCGAGUGAGCUUUUCUGAUCACUUUUGUCCGGCGUCCGUCUAUCUGUCCGUCUGUCUGUAGACUUUUUCCAUUUUCGACUUCUCCAGAAUCACUGGGCUAAUUUCAACCAAACCUGGCACAAGGCAUUAUUGGGUAAAAGGAAUUUAAGUUUAUUAAAAUGAAAGGCCACGCUCCCUUUCAAGGUGAGAUAAUUAAGAAUUAUAUAGAGUUAUCUGCAAUAUAUGAUUUUGAUUAUAUACAUGUUAUACAAGCGUGGCGUGUGAUUUAAUUCAUUCUAUUGUACAAUGUUUAAUAUUCAAUUGAUAUGUUAUGUACCAUAUUGCAAACCAAUAUAAUGUAAAAAAAAAAUGCUGUUUUUCAAAAUUUUUCUCAAAAACCAAUUAGCCAUAAAAGUUGUACAUGUAACUUGAGUGGAAGCAUUCUCAGAUUAAAUAGAUUCAAGUUUGUUUAAAAUAAAUCAUGAUCCCCUGGGGUAGAGUGGGCCACACUGGAGGGUCGAAUUUUUAAAAAUCUUUUUCUCAAAACCAAUUAUAUUGGUCAGAAAAGUUGUAACUUGAGUGGAAGCAUCCUCGGGUAGUGUUGAUUCAAGUUUAUUCAAAUCAUGAUCCCCGUGGAUAGGGUUUGGCAACAAUGACGGGUUGAGUUUUUACUUAGGAGUAUAUAGAGAGAAAAAAUUCUUCUAAAAAACGAAAUGGACAGAAAAGCUCAGGUUGGUGAUGUGGCCCAUGGGCCUAUUGUUUUUCUUUCUGUUUAUUUACUCAUUCGCAGAAUAAUUAUGUAUUACAGUAUAUAAAUAUAUUAUUUAAUGUGUAUGCAAAUGAGUUGUCAACUCGUGUUCUGUUGAGUCCCUGAUUGGCAGAAUCCCACCUCCUUAUGAAUUUCCAAGUUUCAGAGAUUUUAAAAAUAAUUUAUAUAGCCUACAACAGCUAGAAAUAAUUUUAAAAAAUACUUGAUUCGCCCUAGCCUACCCCCAAUCUAAUUAUUUAGCCGACCCCGGGCCAACCCUAACCAGGAACCCGGCCCCAUCCCCUCUGAAACUUGAAAUUCCUGCACCUUCAGUUGCAUUUGUCUGUUAUUUUAAUUUUAAAAAAUCUCCAAAGAACCAUAUUUUGAUACGAGAGGAGUGUCUUUUUUACACUUUACUUUGGGGGCAGAACUAUAUAUAAUUUUAAGUUGGGGUGCAUUCUUUACAUGUGCGGAUCCAGAAAUAAUUCUCUGGGGGCGGGGUGUCGGGGAAUAAUUGUGUUUCCCCAGGGACGCAUAUAAUAUACGUAUAGACCACAUGCAUUUGUUUCUGUGAUGGGUUCCCGGAAGAGCCUAGUAUUAGGUACAUUUGUAAUUUUACAUGUACUAUGUGGAAAUAAAAAGUUUGAAUUUGUAAAA